AAUCCACGCAGUGGCUGGGCAGGAGGGGCGGAGACGCGACUGCGCGUCGGGGUCCAGCAGCAGCCAGCAUCAUCAUCAGCAGCAGCAUCAUCAGCAACAGCAGCAGCCCCUGUAGCUGCAUGAGCCACCCUCCUCCUCCUUCUCACAGAACUGCGCCAGAGUUUCUCGGGGUUUGCGCGUCAACGUUGCGCUCCCUCGCCAGUCCUUCCCCGCUUGAAAAAUCGACAGUCGCCUCUUGCUUGAUAUUUAUCCCCGGUGGAACGGCUUGAACGUAGGAGAGGCCACCCGCGGUAAAUCGUCUGUGCCGUGCAGUGGUGGUCGGGAGGACACGCGUAGCUCCUCCGCGUGCCGCGUUUCGUGCCGUCAAACUGCCGGUCAAAUCAUCCGAGACGCGCACGUCUGGGGGACCACAAGCGUGGAUCGUGAGCGUCGUUGUGCCUGCCGCCUCGCUUGGACGCGCCUGCGCCGUGCCUCGCCGGAUCAUCGCCGACGCCGACACCACCAACACCUUUCACCGCCACCAACUUCGCUUCCACCACCGACAUCAUGCCUGAGACAACCGCUGAGGUCUUCAAGAACCUGCCCAAGAGCGCCGGCCUCCACAUAUGGAGAGUGGAGAAAAUGGAGCUUGCUGCCGUGCCCCAGAAGGCCUAUGGCAGUUUCUUUGAGGGUGACUGCUACAUCAUUCUCUCGGCCAAGAAGGCAGGAUCGUCGCCCACCCCCACGUACGACGUCCACUACUGGGUUGGGCAGGAGUCCUCGCAGGACGAGCAGGCCGCUGCCGCCAUGUACACGACGCAGCUGGACGACGCGCUGGGUGGAUUCCCUGUGCAGCACCGAGAGUACCAGGGACACGAGUCCGAGGUCUUCCGCGGACACUUCAAGAGCGGCGUCGUCUACAAGAAAGGCGGCGUCGCGUCCGGGUUCCACCACACGGAGACGAACUCCUACAACGUGCAGCGGCUCCUCCACAUCAAGGGACGCAAGGCGGUCACGGCAACCGAGGUGAACCUGUCAUGGGACAGCUUCAGCCGUGGGGACGUGUUCCUGCUCGACCUGGGCAAGGUCAUCAUCCAGUGGAAUGGCCCUGACAGCAACCGCGUGGAGAAGAUCAAGGGCAUGCAGCUGGCGUCCGACAUCCGUGACCGUGAGCGUGGCGGGCGCGCCCAGAUCGGCGUCGUGGAGGGGAACGAUGAGAACUCCUCACCUGAGCUCAUGGCCGUCCUCACGGCCGCCCUGGGGGAGCGGCAUGGCGAUCUGUCCCCAGGCAGCCCCGAUGAGCCGACGGAUCACAGCCGCAAGGCCAAUGUCAAGCUCUACCAUGUGUCAGAGAAAGGUGGAAACUUGAUGGUGGAGGAGGUGGCAACGCGACCUUUGACCCAAGACCUGCUGAACCACGACGACUGCUACAUCCUGGACCAGGGAGGCAUCAAAAUCUACGUGUGGAAGGGACGAGGCUCCAGCAAGGAGGAGAGGCAGGCAGCAAUGAAGCGAGCGCUGGGCUACAUCAAGGCCAAGGGUUACCCCGUGAGCACCAACGUGGAGACGGUGGCAGACGGUGCCGAGUCGGCCAUCUUCAAGCAGCUGUUCCAGCACUGGACGGAGCGUGGCCAGACCCAGGGGAUGGGCAAGACUUACACCGUCGGCAAAAUCGCUCGAGUGGAACAGGUGAAGUUUGACCCCACAGUGCUGCACGCCAAGCCGGAGGUCGCUGCUCAACACCGAAUGGUGGACGAUGGUUCAGGCACUGCAGAGAUGUUUCGGAUUGAGAAUCUGGAGUUGAAACCGGUGGAGAAAAGAUUACACGGACAGUUCUACGGCGGGGACUGCUACCUCGUGCUGUACACCUAUACCAGCAACAACAAGCUCGCCUACCUGCUCUACAUGUGGCAGGGCCGUCACGCCACCCAGGACGAGGUGGCGGCGUCUGCGUACCAGGCGGUAGCGCUAGACCAGAAGUACGGCGGCGAGCCCGUGCAGGUGCGCGUCGUCAUGGGGAAGGAGCCCAAGCACUUCCUCGCCAUUUUCCACGGCAAGCUCAUCAUCUACGAGGGCGGCACCUCCAGGGCCGGCGGCAACGACAUCGGAGGGGCAGCGCCGCCCACCACACGGCUCUUCCAGGUGCGCGGCACCGACGAGUUCAACACCAAGGCCGUGGAGGUGCCGGCGCGCGCCUCCGCCCUCAACUCCAACGACGUCUUUGUGCUCAACGCCGAGGUGGCGUGCUUCCUGUGGUGCGGCAAGGGCUGCAGCGGGGACGAGCGAGAGAUGGCGCGGAGCCUGGCGGAUGGACUCACACGGAGGGACAAGCAGACGGUGCUUGAGGGACAGGAGCCACCCGAGUUCUGGGCGGCGCUUGGUGGAAAGGCUCCGUACGCCAGCGAAAAGCGGAUGCAGGUGGAGGAGAUGGAAGUGCAGCCGCGGCUCUUUGAGUGCUCCACACAGACGGGGCGCUUCGUGGUGACAGAGAUAAGUGAGUUCUCGCAGGACGACCUGGAUGAGGAUGACGUUAUGCUGCUCGACACUUGGGACCAGGUCUUCCUGUGGGUGGGACAAGGCGCGAGCGAUGCAGAGAAGAAGGAGUCGAUGACGACUGCGGCGGAAUACCUGCGGACGCACCCUGGGGCCCGUGACCCCGACACGUCCAUCAUCAUCGUGAAGCAGGGGUUCGAGCCCCCCACCUUCACGGGCUGGUUCCUGGCAUGGGACGCGCACAAGUGGAGCAGUGGGAAAUCCUACGAGGAACUCAAGGCCCAGUUUGGAGACGCCGCCGCCAUUAAAACCAUCACGUCUAGCCUCAACGAUGAGAAGCAGGGCAGCAACGAGGGGCCCGUGCCCACUUUCCCGGCCGAGGACCUCGUCAACAAAACGACGGAGGAGCUGCCCGAGGGUGUUGACCCGGCCUGCAAAGAGAAAUAUCUGUCGGAAGAUGCAUUUGUGCGAGUGCUGGGCAUCACGCGGGGCGAGUUCGUAGCGAUGCCCGUUUGGAAGCAACAAAACCUGAAGAAAGCCAAGGGCCUCUUCUAAUCACUGUCUGCGUGACGCUCUUGUGGGCCAGAGAGCGCUGUGCUUUACACAUUUUGCUGACAUCCCCCCCACCACCUCGCCAUUCUUGCUAGCCACAUAUGAUCCCGUCAGCUGGAUAUUUCGGCUGAAUACAAAAAAAGACAAUAUUAUUCCUCUAAUUGCUAAAAUGAGCCUAUGUUUCAUAUAUGCCUCAAGGGCCAACGGGGGAAAAAGUGCAGUUUAGGCGAAUUUUGUGUCGGUCUGGCAUUUAAUCACAAAUGGUCUCUGACACUAGAGGGUUGGAUGGCAUCGUAGUGAUGCACACCACUGAACCAGAUGACAGUUUUAGCUCUUUUUCACUGUGUCACUGAGCCGUGCCAGGGUUGUGCCAUACCAAGCCAGCUCAUCAAAUGCUGUGGGGAGGUGCCAGCUGGUUUCUCCACUGCAUAAGCAGAGUGGUGCUACUGGAAGUCACGCGUGUAGAUUACGCAUUGACAAUGUUUCCUCACAGUACACUGACAUUACACACGCAAUGAACGAGUCAAGACCUUUCGAUUUAAAGCUUUCGUGACUGCAGGGAUUCAUCUUCUUGGUUCUUUCGGUAAAGUCACGUAGAAGGGAAAUAAUAAAAUAAUAAAAUUUAAACGUAACAAAAUUUGUUUUAUGUUUUCUUUUUAUUAUAAAAAAAAUGUUUUAUUAUGUUUUAUUUUUAUUAUUUUAUUAUUUCCCUUCUACGUGACUUUACCAAAAGAGCCAAGAAGAUGAGUCAAGACCUAUAUAGGUGACGUGAUGCUGUGUCCUCACGGCGUACAGACGUCACGGGCAAUCGUAAUUAACCCCACCCCUGUCUCUGCUUGGCCCUUUGCCGAUAUUCUGGCGUCUUGAGGCCAGGAGGGUAUCUUGGUUUUGUUUCAGUUUCGGCAUAUACAAAUAGCCAGUGGAAACCCGUCCAUAGCGUGAGGGUCCCAUGUUGGUGCGGCUCAGAUGUGCCAGUGCAAAAGGGUUAUUUGAUCUUCUUGGUUCUUUUGGUAAAGUCACGUAGAAUGGAAAUAAUAAAAUAAUAAAAAUAAAACAUAAUAAAACAAUUCUUACGACGUUUCGGCCACAACGCAAGCAGCCGUCCUCAGGUGAAGAACAGGUCUGUCCAGAAGACUCUGUUGUGGCCGAAACGUCGUGAAUUGUUUUAUAAUGUUUUAUUUUUAUUAUUUCCAUUCUACGUGACUUUACCGAAAGAACCAAGAAGGGUUAUUUGAUGCCUGCAGCAUGGCAGUGGAUUGUGGCACCACCUCCCAUGAUGCAAUUCGCAAGAGUAGCCCAUGUUGUGCGUGUGCCCAUCGCUAUACCCAUAAGUUAGGAAUUGACAACUCGAUCGUGGGAAUAAAAACAACUGUCGGUCUUUGUUUUUUGUGGAUAUACAUAAAGAAAUUCUGAAAGCAAAAAUCUCUGCGAAAGGGUAUUCAUUUACUAUGAUAGCAAGCUCGGCAUGAGGCUGUAAAAUAAAAUACAUGAGGUGGAAUUAAAUAAGUGCUCACAUACAGUAUUUCGCAAAUUGUAGAAAAAUAUGACGUUUAACAAAAUCCACGUAUGAAUUAAUGUAAUCUUAGGUGUUUUCAAACACUUCAAUGUCCAUAAAUAAAAUACAUUUAAUCCUAGGUAAUGAUGAUCAGUUAAACGCAUCUUGGUAAAUACCGUGUGGUUUUACAACAGCGCGUGCAUUAACUAUGACCUUCCGGAACAUGAAGUUACACUUGGGCUACAAUUCCAUGCAAACAGUGUUGCUUGCCUGCCCAUCACCCGUAUCGUUGUCUUCUCUCGCAUGAGCUCGGCAAACCUACGACUUCAACGAAGCUUGAAUAUAACCUAGUGGGCUGGGCUUAACUCCACCCAGAGCUAUCUGGGGUUGAGCUCUGGAAAUUAUUUUGCUGCCCCCCUCCUUCCUCCACACUCGGUGUGAGAGUGGGGUCCAGGGAGGUUUGGGGUCCAGGGAGGUUUGGGGUCCCUGGUAGACAUUCUGAGAAUAAGCCCCGUAUUGGUGAAAGUACACGGGAAUGGUCAUCAAAUAUGUCAGGUCAUGUGUCGGAUUGAUAAUUUUCUUUUUUUUACGUACAGCACAUGUACAGCCCAUUUGUCAAUACACUGAUGGAUUGUGGCCUCCAUGCCAUGCAGUUUAAUAUGGCUUAUUGUUUAACCAUGCUUCACCACGCUGGUCAGUGCGGAGUGAUGAAAGCGUAAUACAUUUGCUCAAAGUUAAUCCAUUGUGUAUAAUCUUUUUUUUUUACGAUUAUAAGAAAAUAAGACAUUUACGUGUAUUGCUCAUCCUGUAACAGACAAUAUAGCUGCAAGUCACAUAACCGAGUAGGCAAUUGCUGAUCUUAAAUCUAAUAUAAACGUCUAAAAACUAUGUACGGCAGGCAAUUGUCACAAAUUUAUUUCAAUGAGAUCUACUUUUUGCUUCUCGACAGAUCUUCUUACCAGUUCAGGUAAUGACAUAUAGGAGGCUUUGUAAAUCGAUGUUACUCCAGUUAAUGUUGGCGUCCUAAUUGCAGCCUAAACAUUUUCAUGAUUUUGAUGGACUGGGAGGUGUAAUGUGAAUCCUUUUUUACAUCAUCACAUCGUAAUGUAUAAAUUGUUGUUUUUUUAAGUGUGAUUUCGUUUUAUUGUAAUGAUAUAAAAUGUUUACUUUCAAAGAUA